UACAUAGUUUAGGGGUCCCACAACUCCAAGGUAACAGAAAAACCUACUAAGGAAACCAUUGUGUAUUUAGAAAAGAGUAAUAUGAAGCCUUUGUUUUUUAUAUAGAUCACUUACAUCAGAUUUUUUUUUUUUUUGUCAUAGAAUUUUCCAGUUCCUUAUAAAACCCCGGCUACUUAAUAAGAACAAUGCUACCAUAAAACACAAAGGUAAAUAUAUUAGGCAUAAACCCAUGGCUGGUGGCAGCUACCUUUAAAUCUUAGGAAAACUUAAGUUGAAAAAUGGAAACACAAAUAAGUAUACUAAACGUAAUGAAAUUACCAUCCAAUUUAAUAAAAUAAAAAUGUUAAAAAAUUAACUGUAAACAUUAAUAAAAAAAGAAACAACAAACUCUCCCCAUGACAUAAUCACUAUAUUUUAUCAAAUAAUUAAGAAACAACAUAUUAAGAUUUCCGAAGCGGACAUCAGCUUAGUCGUACUGGAGAUGAAGGGCCGUCUUAAUUUGACCAAUAAAUUAGAUAAUAGUGAACAUUUCUCCCUGAAAUAUUACUCAGGGCAGGGUGAAUCAUUCCUGUCUUUACAUCACCAAAGGAAACGUGGAAUUCGCAGUGUUUACUUAGAAAAGUGAAAGUGCAGGAUGAUAUGUCCAUAUCAUGGUGAACUGUAAAAAGUGAAAGUGCAGGAUGAUAUGUCCAUACCAUGCGAAACUGUUUCAAAUAUUUGAUAAUAGAUUAUAAAGGUGUGUCCAAACUAUCGAGCAUGCCCGACUGGCAAACAGUGAUACCAGAUCACAAUGAGUAAUGAGAAUGAGGGUUGAUGACGUCAGAAGCGGGAAAACCACAGGCAGGGAUCUGGCAACAAACAGUACUACCAGAUGUAGCUGAGCCCACAAUAUCUACUCCUUCACCGGGAAAAGACUGGCGGGCAAAGUUGUAAACUGAUGAGUGGUGUCAAAUACUGGUUCAUGGUUCAGUUUCACUCUGACCCUGCUAAGGAGUCGGGUGCGGCACUUGUCUCACCAUGCCGAACACAGUCGAGAGGAAGAAAAUAGCCUUGUGUGGGAUAAUUCUUGGAUUGUAUAUAAAAAAGAAAAAACAAGCCAGAGUUCAUAGGCGUGUGUGGUGCAAGGACUGGUUGAGGAAAAGAGGAGAGUUGGGAAGUCAUGCAACUAUAUAUCGCGAACUCCACGACAAGCCUGAAGAUGGUUUUAUCCAGUAUAUGAGAAUGGAUGUAAAUAGUUUCCACACACUCCUAGGAAAAGUGGAACCAUACAUAACAAAACAAGAUACCCACUUGAGGCAGAGCAUAUGUGCAGAGGCUCGUCUGGAAGCAACCCUCAGAUUCUUAGCAUCUGGAUGUUCAUACACAGCACUGCAAUACUCCACCAGGAUAUCCAAGCAGAGUUUGUCUCUCAUCAUACCGGAAACAUGCAAAGCAAUAUACACAGCUCUCAGAGAUGAUUACUUGAAGACACCUACAACGCCAGAGGAGUGGAUGACUGUGGCACAUGGAUUUCAGAGAAGAUGGAAUUUCCCAAACUGUUUAGGAGCUAUUGACGGGAAGCAUGUGUCGAUAAGAGCUCCACGUGAUAGUGGUUCAUAUUUUUACAACUACAAAGGCAACCACAGCAUUGUACUUCUUGCCAUAUGUGAUGCAAAUUGUGAAUUUAUAUAUGCGGACAUAGGCACAAAUGGUAGAGUAUCAGAUGGUGGUGUGUGGGACAAGUGUUCUGUCAGUAGUCUCAUACAAAAUAAUACUGUUGGUUUGCCAGAAGAUGCAAUUCUUGGAAGUAGUAGUCUGCCAUUUCCAUAUGUUUUUGUGGCAGAUGAUGCAUUUCCAUUGCAGCGACACAUUAUGAAACCUUUUUCACAUAGGAGUCAGGAUACAAGAGAGCGCAUUUUCUCAUACCGGCUCUCUAGGGCAAGGCGAACCGUGGAAAAUGCAUUUGGUAUUUUGGCCAAUAGAUUUCGUGUGUUUCACUCACCAAUUGAUCUACCUCCAUCAAAGAUUGAAUAUAUUGUUUUGGCAUGCACCUCUUUGCAUAACUUUCUCAUAAGAGACCAUGUGAGACACUACACGCCGGAAGGAUCUUUAGAUGUUGAAGAUCUGUCAGUAGGACAAAUUAUUCCUGGAACAUGGCGACAAACUCCUGAGUUACCAGGAACACAGAGAGUAAUCUAUAAUGACAUGGCUGAUGGUAAGAGUGUGCGUGAACAGUUUAUGGAUUACUUUAAUGGUGAAGGGGCAGUAUCAUGGCAACACUUGUACAUAGGUGAAGAGGGUUAAUUGUGAUAAAUGUCUAUAUACCUAGGUGUAUUUCAUGUUGUGUAUUGUCUCUGAAUGUAAUACUUAUUGAACUUUGUAUUCAUGUACAUAUGUGCACUUGUGAAACAAAAGACUUGGCUUUCUUUAUGUGUAAACAGCAAAUUAUUAUUAUUUCU